CUCUUUUGAUUAAACACAAAAGGCCAGUCUGCUUCUAUGGAUGACUACAGAAAUCAGAUAAUUCUUUUUUUCGUGAGGCUGAAAUCGGGGAAUUUGGACUAUUUGUAAUCAAACAAUGGCUCUAAAUGAUUAAUGGAUUAUCAAAAUGGUGUUGCUUAAUUUGAUGAUUGUUGAUUAACCAAUUAAUUAAUAAACCCCAAAAGAGCAUGUUUGUUCAACAGUUAACAUUACAUCAUGCCGGAAUCAAAUCCGCCUCCUGCCCGAAAUCAAAUGGGGUAUAAAAUUGGUAUACUUCAACACACCCGCAAUCCUCGGGAGAUUAAAGAGUUCAGAUGGAUUCUUCCUGUGUUUAUGAGGAGUUGGCAAAGAAAUGUGCCAUUUUGAUUGGUUCGUUGAGUUGUCGUUUUAUCUCGCGAUAUCACAAAUCCUUGCAGCUCCAAGCAGACCCUUCACUGCGCGGUGUCAGUCGCUGUUGUGCACCAGAAGCGCAACGUUCUGUUUGUCCUCGCUGGUUGCUUCUGUCGAGCGUGAAGUAGGAAUCUUUUGAACUGCCCUGCAGAGGAAAACAACAACUGUUGGCGUGGCCGAAAAAGAUUCAAGUCGGCACCUUCAUCACCAUUGAUGCUGCAGGGCAGUUGUGACCAUGCGUUGCCUGGCUGCUCGAGUCAACUAUAAGACCCUCAUUGUCAUCUGCGCCCUUUUCACACUCAUCACUGUGUUACUGUGGAAUCGCUGCUCGAGUAACACCUCCCUGCGUUUUUUGCCGCGAGCUGCUUUGGGGGCCCCAAGUCCCAAGGAGGGGGAUGCUAGUAGCUUCAGCAGCCAGCAACACCCUCCACAACCUCCAGAACCUCCACCUGUUGUAGGUGGAAGCAAGUAUGAGGAAAUUGACUGCCUGAUUAAUGAUGAAUCCACGGUCAAAGGCAGACGUGAAGGUGGAGAGAUCUAUCUGCCUUUCAGUUGGAUGGAAAAAUACUUUGAGGUGUAUGGCAAAGUGGUGCAGUAUGAUGGCUAUGAUCGCUUUGAGUUUCAGCAUAGUUACUCAAAGGUUUAUGCGCAGCGAGAGCCCUAUCACCCAAAUGGGGUUUUUAUGUCAUUUGAGGGAUACAAUGUGGAGGUCCGUGACCGAGUGAAAUGCAUAAGUGGAGUGGAAGGUGUGCCUCUGUCCACUCAGUGGGGUCCUCAGGGCUACUUCUAUGCCAUCCAGAUUGCCCAGUACGGCCUGAGUCAUUACAGCAAAAACCUAACAGAGCGUCCACCGCACCUGGUGGUCUACGAUACAGCUGAGGAAAGAGAUAGCCGAGCCAGCACGGCAAUAUGGAGUGUGCCAAAGGGCUGCAGUCUCACCCGUGUCCAGGACAAGGGCCGUGCUUCCUCAGUUCGCCAGUUCAGUGCUCCAGAGUCUUUGGAGGCAGUGUCCCUCCUUCUAGAUAACACCAAAGACUUCAUCCUCAGCUUGGACAUUAGGUUCACCUCCAACGGCAGCUUGUCUGUGAUCCUCGACACUACAGAGAAAGGCUCGGCCUUCACCAUCCACUAUGUUACCAAUACGCAACUCAUCGCCUUCAAAGAUCGUGAAAUCACCUACGGCAUUGGGCCACGAACCACUUGGAGCACCCUCACACGUGACCUGCUCACAGAUCUGAGGAAAGGCAUCGGUUUGUCGAACACGAAGGCAGUCAAAGUCACGAAGAUCAUGCCCAAGCGAGUUGUGCGAUUACUCUUGCAAGGACGGGGAUUCAUUGACAAUAUCACUGUCUCCACCACUGCCCACAUGGACGCUUUCUUCGCCGCCAGCGACUGGCUAAGGCGCAACCAAGACGAACAUGGCGGCUGGCCCAUCAUGGUCACACGGAAAUUGGGCGAGGGCUUCCGGCCACUCGACCCCGGCUGGUACUCUGCAAUGGCCCAAGGCCAGGCAAUGUCCACCCUCGUGAGAGCCUACCUUCUCACCAAGGACCACGCUUACCUCAAUGCUGCUCUGAAGGCAAUCGGACCCUAUAAGGUGCCAUCAGCGCAGCACGGGGUCAAGGCGGUAUUUAUGAACAAAUACGACUGGUAUGAAGAGUAUCCCACCUCACCUAGUUCCUUUGUCCUCAACGGCUUCAUCUACUCCCUGCUGGGACUCUACGAUUUGAGCGAGACAGCUGGAGAGAAGCUGGGCAAGGAGGCCGGGCGGCUGUUCAGCCGCGGCAUGGAGUCGCUGAAGGCCAUGCUGCCGCUCUAUGACACCGGGUCGGGGAGCAUCUAUGACCUGCGCCACUUCAUGUUGGGCACUGCGCCCAACUUGGCUCGCUGGGACUAUCACACCACGCACAUUAACCAGCUCCAGCUGCUGGCAUCAAUAGACAACUCUCCCAUCUUCAAGGAUGUGGUGAAGCGCUGGAAAAGCUACUUGAAAGGGAAUCGUGCUAAGCACAACUAGACUUCCAAAUCCAGUGUGUGACCUGCGGGUUGACUGAAUGUGAAGAGUAAGCUUAUCUAGUGUGCGUCACUCGGUAUGCAUCGCAGCGUAGAGUGUUUUCUAAAUCCCAAGGAUGCUUAAGUAGCUGCAGCUUUCAACAUUCGAGCGCAUGGGCUCUGUUACGGGUGUUGUGUUCUCUGCAGCAUCAAUUGUAGCACGCCGUCUUAUCAGGAGCUAGUGUUUGUAAUCAUGCACAGACUUAGUUCCUGGUUGCAUGCAUUUCUUGUCUUCAGAUCGCAAUUUGAAAUCACUUUAAAUGGUGAGCCCAUUUCAACAAUCAUUCACCAGUAUCAUCAGAUGUGUUUUUAUAGUUCAUCCUACGUGGAAGUAACUGUAAAUAAUAGAAUAUAUUCAAAGAUGUUUGGAAGAGAGCAAAAUCUUAUCACAGAGUAUGCAUUAAGAAUUCCACACUCCACAGUAUAAACCAGAACUGCGAUUAGUUGUAAAGGGCCCUCGCAACCCUGGCCACGUCGAGGUACACGCACAUUGAGGUAUUGGCACAUUGGGGUUCUGACAAAUAGGACAAUAACCACAAAUAGGACAAUAACGCUCUAAAAUAUAAAUGUUUUUUGUCAGGGCGUAUGUGCGUGCAAAGUUUUGAGUAUUCAUCCAGGUUUAGACCCUCAAAAACCUCGUGAUUUUUCUUUGUAAACCGCCCAACAUAGAUGAAACAAAAAGACGAUUGGAUAAAAUCUCUCGGAUGAGUUCGUAUAUAUGAGCUCUAUCAAAGCCCCCGAAAAAUGCUGACAAAUUCUCAAGUAAGUCAAAAUGGUGGACUUCCUGUUAGGUUUAACAUAUGGCCCCAAAAUAGUUUUAAUUAUAUCGUGGGCUAUGACAUAUCCAACUUAAUUUACGUAGAACUUGGUGAGGCGUAGAACUGAGAUUGCUUCCUUUAGAAGAUUUUAUGCAAUGCAAAAUUUGAUGCCCCGCCCCCAUAAAAUGGUAUGUGACAAUGUCCCCCCGCCCCCCUCCUCCUAUUGUUGUCCCAGGUGUUUGAAGUCCAUGGGUUAACCACUUGACAACUCUUGUCCUUAAAGGUUGCAGCCCUGCCUGUUUUGAAUGUCUCCAACGUCCAUCACACCUGAUUCAAAAUGAUCAGCUCAUCAGCAAGUUCUGCAGAAGCUGGAUAACAAUCCUAACCAUUUCACUCAGUUGCCCACCCCUGAACAUUGGGAAAAACUAUGACCCCUGUAAAUGUGCAAAAAUUCUGCAAAAAUUGUACAAUUCAAAUCUUGUUAGCUCACUUCUUUUACAUUUUAGGGGAUAGCUACCAAAGUAAUUUUUUCACGUCUUGCGGUGCUGUAUGUGCCUCCCAAUUUUCAUAGUCGCGGGUCGUAAGUACCAGCACAAGUCUUCGUUAAACCUCUGUAGGGGGCGCUACAUACCUUUUUUUUUCUCUUCUUACUUAUGUAAGGCAACUUUAACAUAUCAAAUUCUUCGCCGGGCGUAAUGUGUGUGCAAACUUUGGUGAGUUUUCCUUCAUGCUUAGUUCCUCAAAAAUGCAAUUGAUUUUGAAGAACACUAAUGAGUCUGAGUAGAAUUUCCAGUUUUUUAAAAUGUUUUAACUGAAAUGGUGGUACCUUGUUUAACUAUGUUUAACAUUAACAAAAUGCUGCUACAAAGGCAAAGGCUAGACUCCAUCAUAACCUAUUUGCAAGUGUGUGUUAGGUUUAGACUGAUUUACUUUUUUAUUGAACUGGAAUGAACAUACACACAUGGAAAGAAGCAUCUGUGUACUAGCUUAUCUACUUUAGAGAGAAUACCGUCUUAUAAUAAUACCCAUAUAGCCCGAUCAUUAAGCUUCACAGUUUUGUUUUUUUUCCUAUCACCCAAACUUGUGAAUGAGCUGUAGAUCGAGUCAAGGGAAAUGAAAACACUGGAGCAUUUGCACUAUUGUAUAAACAGGUGUAAAUGGUCUAUACCUGUCGAGAUGGUCAAUAACUGCCGAUUAAGCCCAAAGCAUUGUUUCAAAUUGGUCAACUUUGCAGCUUUCUUUUAUUUAUUAUUAUUAUUAUUAUUAUGCUUAUGCAAAGUUGAUGAAAAGAAGCAUUUAAACUAAUCCUUGGUGAAGUCAUUAUCAACAUAUUGUUCAUUACUGUUAAUGAGGCCAUUGCAAUCAAAUAAGGUGCAAAGAAAACUUUACACAACUAUUUGUAUGAAAGGGUUUUCAACCCCUCUGGGACUGUUUUCAACAUUUUCACUGAGCGGUCUUUUAAGUUGUUCUCGCUUCACAAUUCGACAUUCCAAUGUGUGAAUUGAGCAGCCAAGUGUAGUUAGUUCAAACAGUUUUUAAGUACAGAUUUUUGAAAAAUGUUGCUAAAGAAUCCUGAAGCCUGAGGGGACUUAAUAACAGACUUCAACGUUUUUUUUUUCCUCCCCAGUGCAUUCUCAUUAUUCCUCGGCGCAGACUUCAUCAAACAACUUAGCCUUUUUAAAUAUAGUGUAUCCAAGUUCACUGUCUGAGACUGAGUCUCGCCAAGAAACCUACAAUUCAGCCAACUAAUGGGCUGGAGCGCCUGCACAGAGUAAGCGAUGAGUCAGCAAAACAAAGAGACUUUCCGAACAAAGCUACUAUUGACCUUGCCAAAUAUUUGCAAUCAAAGCACAGUAGUCACGUAAUCAGGCUCUCUGCUUUCAACAGGGACUCCUAAGACUGGGUUUUUUUUUAAAAAUCUGAAAUUAAACUAAGAAAUCUAUUCCUUGUGACAAGAAUCAAUUAACAGGCUUUGCACAAAAAAAACAAAAAAAACCAUAAAAACAAUGUCAUAUAUACUGUCUCGGCACAAUAUGGGUAGUCAUGGCAGAACCUGCGAUACAAUAAUAUUGUGCUUGUUUGCCUCUGAUAAUUGCGCACAGCAGUGGUAAUGUGAUCAUCCAUAGUUGCUGGGCUUGUCGACAGCUACCGUACUAAAAAGGUGAUUUUUUUAAGAAACCGUGAGAUGCACGUUAAAAGGUAGAGUGUGUAGAAUUUAGUGCCAUCUAGUGAUGAACUGAUUCAAUGCAACAACCAUUUUGCUUUUUUCAAGCACGUGCACUACGGUGCCUCAGAGAGGCCAUACUUAGCAAGUCUACCACCAAUAUUUUCAGCAGAGGGGCAAGUAAAAUGGCAUGCCAAAUGAGUGGUAGUAUUGCCUCAAGUGACAGAGUAAGUGCAUGGCAUUCGUUACACAGGCUGUCAUCAUGAUGCUGAGGAACUAUGUUCGCUAAGUCUGUCGCCUUUGUGUAUCUGUAGCAGAAAGCUGGAGGCGGAACAUGGCAACCUCCGGCAGGGUAGGCCCGCCACAUGUAGCGGUAAUAUAAUUAGUGAUUACCUCACCUACAAUUACAUUUUAAAAAAUUAGGAUGAUGUGAUAGAACAUAUUGCAUAUUAAUGAAAUUCAUAGUGCAUUUUUGAAAUAACGCAUACUGAAAAAAGUCAAGCUUGCACAAAGGAAAAUUUUACAUUAAAUUUUGCAUCGUUCAAAAUUGGCAAAUCUCACCAGAUUUUGACUUUAGUGCAUCAGAUUGUGUUCAGCAAAAUGACUCUCGUCUCUCAUUAACUCGCAUCGUUGGAUUAAUUCAACUUUUCAGCACGCCGAUAUUGAAGCCAAGUAAUGACGAGUGGCUCCAUUCUUAACCGAAGUUUUUAUUUGAACAAAAUGAACGGGGUGUGGUGGCCAGUUGCAAAGGGCCAGAAUGCUAAAAACACAACAUGCUCAACAUGACUUCGUUUGUUGUUAAGAUACAAAGGUGUUGACAGUAAAUGGAGACAGUAGUCAUAGUAACUCAAUAAGUGAGCGAUAUUAUGCGACAUGUCCCGAAGUAUAUUUUACAUUUUUUUUGGUCCUGAAAAUGUGACAAAAAAAUUCUACGCUUGUUUUUUUUUUUUAAUGCUACAUUUUCCAAAGGGACAUUUUUUUUUUUUUUUUGCUAAAAUUGUAACAUGGCGCUCUUUUUGUCAUGAGGCAUUACUAUUCAUGAUCCUGAACUAUCUUUUGAGCUAUACACAACUGGACUCACUGGAGGGCAAAUCGGUUCAAGUUUCCUUUCAUGUUGUGUUACACUAUUCUAUAGCUUUUAAUUGAUUUUUCUUUUUAUUUUAUUUUUUUGGGGGGUAUACAUAAUCUGCAACAUGGAAAAAAAAGUUUGUUUUUUUUCUCUGAAUGCUAGAGCUUGUUUCUUUUUUUUCUCCAUGAAUUCAUUUCAUACAGUUUGUUGUUAUUACAAUAGUAGCAAAACAUUUCUGUUUCGUUUAUACCAAGGUAGCAUAGUAGAGAAUACUUAAAUGUAUAUAUUUUUGUGCAAAAUAUUUCAAGCAUUUCAUGAACUUCAGAAAACCAGUCCUUGUGACUGUGCCUUUAACUACUACAGCUUGUGCAGAGUUUCGUAAAACUUGCUCUUCUGAAAUUGACAAAAAGCUGUCAUUUGUUUAUGGAAUUUAUUUGCCAAUUUCAUUUUAAAAUGCGGGUGGGCUGGGUCUGUUUGUCCUCUUUUAUUUAGAAUAUUUUGCAGAAAAGUUCAAUGUUUUGCUCUUCAGACAAAAGCACAAGUUCUAUUUAAGAUAAUUGUCAUCAUAAUGUCUAUUUUUGCUUCAGUUUUUUUUCCUUUCCCUGAUAUGAGGUGCACCACUUACAAUUAAGAACGCUGCUAUUAUUAUUCAACGUAUAAUAACUGCACAGCAUUCUAUUUCCUCAUUUUAGUGUUGUUUUCCACUCACUGUCUGCUUGCAUAAUUGCCAUUGAGUCAACAUAAUUUAUGCAAUAAAAUGUUUACUUUGGUUGUGUCACAACACGAGACCCGGAAUGGUCGUACAGACUUCCCAGUCUUAGCACAAUGUGCAAAUGCGACCAUUUUUUAGUCCCGAGAGACGUUUAUACACAAAGUAAAACUUUGUGCUUUAAAACUAGCUUUUUUUUUUCAAAAUGUAAAAGGAAAAAAAUAAAGGCAUUUUCUUAAUA